ACAGGGCAGCUUCUGGGGAAUUAGUUAAUGGAUGACUAAGAUCAACGGUGGGGGAGAGGGGCCGAUGCUCACUGGGGUCCAUUCGCCACCCGCACAGAUGAAGGGGCUGCUCGUUCUGGGCUUGGGCUUGGUGGCCCUGGUUGCGGCUAGUGAAUUGACGCUGCAGCAGAGGGUGGUGGACUUGGUGCUGGAGGCUUUUCACAACAGGAAACUUGUGCAAUGGGUGUACAAGGAACAGGCGGUGGAAGAGGUCACUGAAAGAGAGUAUCCGGCGGGGCCUUUUGUGCGGCUGCGGCUCAGGCUCCAGCAGACCCAGUGCCGGAACCAGCCGGGGAGCAGACAGGACUGUGCCCUCAAACGCAGAGGGAGGAAGCAGAUCUGCCUGGCGUGUGUCAAGUUUGACUCCCACAGCCCGGGCGAGGUGCUGGCUCACUACGUGCACUGCAGGAUGGAGAUGCAGCAGGCUGUGAAGGAGACGGAGAUGGCGAGACACGAGGAGGAGUGCAGGACUGUGCAGGAGAAGGGCGAAGCACCCUACCGUCCCGGCCUGUUUGCCUUCUCCAAAGGGCUGCCGUCCUAGCCAGGGUGGCACCCCCCAUCCACAGCAUGUGCCCACAGUGCCAGGACACCUCUGGCGCCUCCCAUCCGCGGAAGGACGCUAUCGCUGCUGCCCAGCAGAGACCCGGCGACCACCCCUGCCCGUCAGAAACUGCGCCCACUCGAGCACCAGGCCGGGCAGAGCGGCCUGGCCAAUGGAUCCUGCUGCCCCUUCCCCCCACCCCCACCUCGCCCAGCUCCAUUGCCCGGCUGU